AUGAUAUCGGACGAUGUUGGCGUACUUGAACAUGCAACUAUUAAGGUUCCAUAUGAACAUUUAAAUAAACAUUAUCGUCACGCUCAAAAACAAAUUGAUCGCGAUUCUGCAUUAUUAAUAUCUAGUGUCAAUGAUUUAGAGAAAAAAAAUACUUUUACAACAACAAAUCCUGAAGCGACAUUAGAAUGUUUAAAAUUUUGUCUAGAAAAAUGUAUGACACUAAAACGAAAAGCACGUGAAUUAAAAGAUGAUGAAUUAGAAUGUUUACAAAAUGUAAAACGUCGUGUUGAUCAUCUAAAAGAAUAUGAUAAAAGUUCACUAUCAAAAACGGAAAUAUGGCGGAAACAACGUUAUGAUAGAGUGCUAGUUGACUUUUUAUUUCGAACAAAAUGUUAUGAAACAGCAAUAGCUUUGGCGAAAGCAACCGGUGUUCAAAAUUUGGUUAAUUCCGAAGUAUAUCUAGCAGCCAAAGAAAUUGAAGAUUCACUGAUGAACCGUGAUACAAGCAAAUGUUUAGCGUGGUUUAAUGAAAAUAAAACAAAAUUAAAGAAAAAUGGUUGCACAUUAGAUUUUUGUAUACGUUUACAAGAAUUUAUCGAAUUUAUUAAAGCAAAGCAGCUGAAAGAAGCUGUACAACAUGCUCGUAGACAUUUAACACAAAUACCGGAUAAUCAUAUAAGUGAAUUUGAAAUGGCUAUGGGUCUACUUGUAUUGAGACAAUCGAAUACAUGUUAUCAAAGUAUAUUAGACGAGAUUCGUUGGCAAAAAUUAGUUGAACAAUUUCGUGUCGAUAAUUUGAAACUACAUCAGAUGGGUAUGCAAAGUAAAUUUAUAGCUGUAUUACAAACUGGUUUAUCAGCAUUGAAAACACCUACAUGUUUUGAUAAAGUAACAGCUAUUAAAAAUCCCAAUUGUCCCGUAUGUAAUCAACAUUUGAAAAUGAUUGCAAAGAUAUUACCUUAUGCACAUUGUUCGGUAUCAAAAUUAAUUUGUGCACAUAAUCGUGACCCAAUUAAUGAAUCAAAUCCACCUUUGAUGUUGCCAAAUGGUUAUGUUUAUGGAUCAAAGGCGUUGAAAUCAAUGGCCUCGGAAAACAAUGGUAAAAUAAUUUGUCCAAGAACAAAUGACACAUACAAUUUGAAUCAAGCAGAAAAAGUGUAUAUUAUGUAA